UCUCCAAAGUCAAGCAGUGGACUAUUCAUCCCUCCCACAGACAAAGCCUCAGACAACGAAACCAUACCGCAGGCAACGCCAAUUUCAAUUUCAUUUCAAAUUUCACCCUAAACUCUUCGACUCUCUCUCUCUGUCUUCAUCUUCAAAACCCAAAAAACCAGAGACCUAAAAUUCAUCAAUAAAAAUGAAAAUGAAGGCAGAGGCUUUGACGUUGCUGCUGGUCAACUUGGCCGGAAUCAUGGAGAGAGCCGACGAGUCGUUGUUGCCUGGCGUCUACAAGGAGGUUGGCGCAGCUCUGCACACCGACCCGACUGGGCUCGGCUCGCUCACUCUCUUCAGGUCCAUUGUGCAGUCGGCUUGCUACCCAGUAGCGGCCUACCUGGCGGUGCGCCACAACCGGGCCCACGUCAUCGCCCUCGGUGCCUUUCUCUGGGCCGCCGCUACUUUCCUCGUCGCAUUUUCCUCCACUUUCUUUGAGGUGGCUAUAUCCAGAGCUUUGAAUGGGAUUGGCCUUGCUCUAGUUGCUCCUGCUAUGCAGUCCCUUGUAGCCGACUCAACUGAUGACAGGAACCGAGGUACGGCUUUUGGAUGGCUUCAGCUAACUGGAAACCUUGGUUCGAUAAUUGGCGGGCUUUGUUCCAUAUUGAUAGCUCCAAUAACUUUCAUGGGAAUUCCUGGCUGGAGGAUUUCCUUUCACCUUGUUGGACUAAUUAGUGUUCUAGUCGGCAUUUUAGUCCGUCUGUAUGCCACUGACCCGCACUUUCCAGAUGGUGAAACAAAAGAUAGCAGUCAGACUUCUGGUAAUUCCUUGUGGUCACAAGUCAAGGAGCUAGCUCAAGAAGCCAAGUCAGUUAUUAAAAUUCCUUCUUUCCAGAUUGUUGUGGCACAAGGUGUUACUGGUUCAUUUCCCUGGUCAGCAUUGUCAUUUGCGCCCAUGUGGCUGGAACUUACUGGAUUCUCUCAUGGAAAAUCUGCUUUCCUUAUCGCCUUGUUUGUAAUUGGUAGUUCGCUUGGGGGCCUGUUUGGAGGUAAAAUGGGGGAUAUCCUUUCCAUCCGUCUACCAAAUGCAGGAAGGAUAAUACUAGCCCAGAUAAGCUCUGCAUCUGCCAUCCCUCUAGCAGCAAUUCUUCUGCUUGUAUUACCUGAUAAUCCAUCUACAGCUGUCAUCCAUGGUUUGGUCUUGUUCAUUAUGGGAUUCUUAAUAUCUUGGAAUGGUCCAGCUACAAACAAUCCAAUUUUUGCGGAGAUAGUUCCUGAGAGGUCCAGAACAAAUGUAUAUGCUUUGGACAGAUCUUUCGAGUCCAUACUCUCAUCAUUCGCUCCUCCAGUAGUUGGGAUAUUGGCUCAGCAUGUUUAUGGUUAUAUACCAGUUGCUGAAGGGUCCAGUGCAUCUGAAGAGAUUGCCACAGAUAGAGGGAAUGCUUCAUCGUUGGCAAAAGCACUCUACACAGCAAUAGGAAUUCCAAUGGCUCUCUGUUGUGUUAUCUACUCAUUCCUAUAUUGCACCUACCCGAGAGACAGGGAGCGGGCUCAGAUGGACGCUUUAAUAGAAUCAGAGAUGCAACAAAUAGAAUUAGAGAAUUCACAUACAGGAGAAGAAUAUUCACGUGUUCGGUUUCCUGAGUCGGAAGAGCCAUAUGUGAACGAUAGAACUGUCAUUGAAGUGGACUAUGAGGGCGAGGAUGCUCUGGAUGCUGAUGCUGAUGAUGACGAGCAGACAUUGCUGUACCGUCAGUUAACAUUCUCCAAUUUGAGCCCACUGUAAUCUAACCCAGAUUUCACUGAUCAUUCAAACUCCAUUCAAGCACAUCCACAGAAGAAUUAUAUCCGUUCGGUUUUGACCUUCAACUAGAAAUUACAUGUGCAUGCACUGGAGAGAACAUCCGCAAUACUAACCAACUGCAGAGUUCCACUACAUUCUACAGGUUCAUGGUUUCUCUGCAACCUUUCUUGUCAUUCUGUUUACUGUUUAGAGUCUCCUUUC